AUGACACCGCCGAAAUAUCAAAUAUGUCUUAUUGGUUCCGGCGGUGUUGGCACAAUUGCGUCGAUUGUUUUAACAAAGUCUGGCCUUGGUCGAGUGACUGCAGUUCUUAGAUCCAAAUACAGCUAUGUUUCACAGCACGGAUGGCAGAUCGAGUCCAUCGACCAUGGCAAGCUUUUAGGAUGGAAACCAUACCGCUUAGUGAGCUCUGUUAAUGAUGCUGCAACCGAUGAGAAUGGAGAGCAAAUAGAAUACGACUAUGUAGUGGUGUGUACGAAGCAGUUGCCAAACAAAAGUCCAGUCACAGAUAUGAUAUCUCCGGUGAUAACUCCUUCAAAGACGACAGUGGUCAUGAUACAGAAUGGCAUAGGAAUCGAGAACGAUAUCAUCAAAAUGUGGCCCAAAAACGCUGUGAUGAGUAGCGUUAGCCAUAUCGGAAGUUCAAUCAAAGAGCCCAAUGUAGUAAUUCAGAUGGGAAAGGACGUUUCGAAAAUGGGGCCUCAUUUUCACGAUGGACUCGAUGAUUCUGAGAGUACAGAAAAGGCCAGGGCGUUUGUGAAUAUGUACGUCAUGGGUGGUUCCUCCGUUACCGAAUUUGUCGAUGAUAUUCAGGUGGCGAGAUGGGAGAAGCUGUUAUGGAAUGGGACCUUCAACACGAUCUGCGCCUUGAUGAGGAUGGACGUUGGUGAAGUCCAAAGAAGCAAAGGAAGAGAAACACUGCUCGUCCCGAUGAUGUGGGAAAUUUGGCGUAUUGCGAGCUCUGCGGGCCACCAUAUUCCAGAAUCAAUCAUUAGCUGGAUGGCAUAUCGACUGCCAGAUGACUGUGACUAUCGACCAAGUAUGCUAUUGGACCUGGAAAAUGGGCGCCAUAUGGAGUUGGAAGUUAUUCUAGGAAAUCCGCUAAAACUAGCGAAAGAGCUUGGGGUGGAUACACCCAUUAUGGCUACUGUCUACAAGUUUCUGAAGUUGGAGGAGUGGAAAAUUGACCAAAAGGUAUUACCAGAUUAA